GAAGAAAGAAAGAAAGCGUUCUUGACGGCGCCAACCGCCACUCCGCUUCCACCUCCAGGCUUCAAAAACUUUCAAUGGGUUUGUGAUCUGGUGCAGUCGGGUGUAUUGUGUGUGAUGUUGCACUCCUCUUUCUGUUCUUGGAUCAAAAAGCUUCUUGCUUGCAUGGGAGGUUGCUUUGGUUGCUGCGUGAAAUCUCAGCCAAUAACAGCGGUGGACGAGCCAUCGAAAGGCUUGCGAAUUCGAGGAAAACUGGUGAAGAAGCAUAACAGUUUAUCCGAAGAUUUAUGUAGCAGCAGCACGUUCGAGAUGGAAAACAGCACUGUUCAAUCUCAAAGAAGUCAAUCAUCUAUUAGUAGUUCAGUUCCGUCCAAUCAGAUGACCAAUGGCCAGAAUUGCAGCACUAGCAGCCAUCCUGAAUUUGUAAACCAUGGUUAUCUUCUUUGGAACCAGACAAGGCUUCAGUGGCUUGCAAGUAAAAAACCAGACGUGCAAAGGAAAGUCCGGGAGCCAGUAAUAACCUGGCAUGCUACCUAUGACACCUUGCUUGUAACUAACAAGCCUUUCCCUUGCCCGAUUCCUCUCGCGGAAAUAGUUGAUUUACUUGUGGAUGUAUGGGAGGAAGAGGCAUUAUAUGAAUAAUAGCAACAAUGCUCUGCUGACUUUGAGAGCUCUGGGCAAGAUUUGUGUACAGUUGAGUUUUCCCAUAAUGGAGAAAGCAGAAGAAAUGUGGUGAUGACUGAUGAUAUUUAAACAAUGGGUCUUCUCUUUUUGAAAAAAAACUUGUAUUUUCUUUGAGAGAAAAAACAUGUUUUUUAAAAACAUACUGUAUAUUUUCUUUGAGAGAAAAAAAUAUGUUUUUUAAAAACUUAUAUUUUCUUUGAGAGAAAAAAACAAGUUUUUUUUUUCAUGGGGUCAAUUUCAUAACCAUUGGUGGCAGGAAAGAAGUGGGAGUAGAUAUUUCAACUCUCCCUUUAAUUUCAUAUUUGAGUGAGGUAGUACAACUGUACACUUACAUGAUUAUCGAAUCAAAUUUGAUAAAAGUUGAUUAGUUUCUGGAUGAUCACAGAAAUCUGCAAGUCCCAGCAAAUAUUCUUAACACGCUUCUUCUCUCUUUCUCUUUCUUGAUCUUUCUGGGUUUGGAAUUCAAUUCUUGGCUGCAAUUGAAAUCUGGGGUUUUCUGUUCUUGGUUGAAAAUCUAAUCUUUUCUGCUCAGAUUUGUUGGUUUUUUCUUUAAAUCGAAGAAGAAGCAGCCAUGCCUACUCUUGUUG